AUGCUUCGACAUCUAUGGACUUUAAUAAAUCAUCGUUUUCCGUAUCUUCAACAAAUACAACACCAACGGGGUAUUAUUGGAACAGAGUCAUUUGUUAGAAACUAUAACAUUAUGGCGCAAUUAAUUGACGGAAAAGCAAUUGCAAAGUCUAUUCGUGACCAAGCCAAACUCGAAAUACAAGAAUUACAAGCGAAAUAUCCUGGGUUUAAACCACACCUUGCUAUUAUUCAGGUUGGAGAACGCGAAGACUCGACUGUUUAUGUGAGGCAGAAGGAAAGAGCUGCUAAAGAGUCGGGUAUCAACAUUACAAUUCAAAAACAAGAUUCUUCUAUUACCCAGUUUGAGCUUUUGAGAGCUGUGCAAGAGCUCAACAACAAUCCCUCUAUACACGGUCUACUUGUUCAACUUCCGCUUCCUGACCAUAUUAGCGAAAAAAUUAUAACAGAAGCUAUUAGUCCCAAAAAGGACGUUGAUGGUUUCCACGCACAUAAUAUCGGAAACCUUUCAAAACGCCAUAGUAGCCCGUUGUUUGUGCCGUGUACUCCAAAAGGAAUUAUAGAAUUGUUGAAUCGAACUGGAAUUCAGAUUUCUGGAAAACAUGCUGUUGUAGUAGGUCGUAGUGAUAUAGUGGGAUUCCCAGUAUUCACACUUCUCUCACGAGCAGAUGCAACUGUCACGUUAUGUCAUUCAAAGACUGAGAAUCUUCCCGAAAUUACAAAAACAGCCGAUAUCCUUAUCGUUGCCGUCGGCAAAACAGAAUAUAUUAAGGGUGAUUGGGUUAAACCAGGAGCUGUUGUUAUCGAUGUUGGAACCAAUGCUGUUGAAGAUCAAUCCAAAAAAAGCGGAAUCCGCUGGGUUGGCGAUGUAGAAUUCUCGAGCGUCUCCCAAGUCGCGUCACACAUAACACCAGUUCCAGGCGGGGUAGGUCCAAUGACGGUAGCCAUGUUGUUGUAUAACACAGUCGAUAGCGCCAAAAGAUUUUGGAAAGAGAGUAGGGAAAGGCGUGUUACCAGUCUAACGCUGAAACCGUUCAUCCCCGUCCCCAGUGACAUCGAUAUUGCUUCGUCGCAGACGCCGAAACCGAUAAAGGCUUUGGCUGAAGAAUUGGGGUUGGCAGGGAAUGAGUACGAGCUGUAUGGUCAAUAUAAAGCCAAAGUUAAUUUGAGUGUAUUAGACCGAUUAAAGAACAGGAAAGAUGGAAAAUAUAUUGUAGUGACGGGAAUAACACCAACACCACUUGGUGAAGGUAAAUCCACCACAACGAUAGGCAUCUCACAAGCGCUCGGCGCCCACCUAGGUAAAAUAGCCUUCGCGUGUGUACGCCAGCCGUCACAAGGGCCCACUUUUGGUAUCAAAGGAGGCGCAGCGGGUGGCGGGUAUUCACAAGUAAUCCCGAUGGAUGAAUUUAAUUUGCAUUUAACCGGUGAUAUUCAUGCAGUUACGGCGGCUAAUAAUUUAAUGGGUGGGGCGCGCAAAUCAGCGGCUGCUAUCGAUGCUCGAAUUCUUCAUGAAAGUACCCAAACUGACAAGGCGUUGUUCAAUAGACUUUGCCCCCUUAAAAAAGGGGAAAGAACAUUUGCUCCUGUCAUGGUGAAACGACUACAAAAACUUGGUAUAAACAAAACAAAUCCUGAUGACUUGACUUCUGAAGAAAUAAGUAAAUUCGUCCGCUUAAAUUUCGAUCCGGACACUAUAACAUGGCAACGUGUCAUGGACACUAACGAUCGUUUUCUUCGACGAAUAACCAUUGGGCAAAACUCAACAGAAAAGGAAUUUGCACGCGCGACAGGAUUUGACAUUUCCGUUGCGAGUGAAUGUAUGGCGAUUCUUGCGUUAACUACCGACCUUAAAGACAUGCGCGAGCGACUUGGUCGAAUGGUGGUGGCAAAUAGCAAGGACCGUGUUCCGAUAACUGCUGACGAUUUGGGCGUUGGCGGUGCACUGACAGUCUUGUUAAAAGACGCGAUAAAACCGAAUCUUAUGCAAACGUUGGAAGGCACGCCUGUAUUUGUACAUGCCGGUCCAUUUGCAAAUAUUGCUCAUGGGAAUUCGUCGAUUCUGGCAGAUAAAAUAGCUUUGAAACUUGCGGGCACCGAAGAAGGCGAUGAUGAGACUGAAACCGGAUUUGUCAUUACUGAAGCUGGGUUCGGUGCUGAUAUUGGCAUGGAGAAAUUUUUCAAUAUAAAAUGUCGGAUGUCGGGGUUGAUUCCUGAUGCUGUGGUUUUGGUUGCUACUUUGAGAGCAUUGAAGAUGCACGGUGGCGGUCCAGAAGUGAUACCUGGAAAACCACUUUCCGGAGAAUAUGUAGAAGAAAAUUUGGACCUUUUGGAAAAAGGAUGUGCGAAUCUUAUCAAGCAUAUACAAAACGCAAAAAAAUUUAGGCUACCUGUGGUGGUGGCCAUUAAUCAAUUCACGACAGAUACCGAGGCCGAGUUAACUCUCGUCCGCAAAAUAGCCAUUGAAGCCGGUGCUGAUGACGCCGUUCCAGCCUCACAUUGGGCUGAAGGUGGUGCAGGUGCAAUCAAGCUUGCAAAAGCCAUUGUACAAGCCACAUCAAACCCUCAAAAGAAUUUUCAAUUUUUAUACGAUCUCAACAGGAGUAUUAUUGAAAAAAUUGAGAUUAUCGCUAAAGAGAUGUAUGGAGCAAGUGAUAUCAGUCUGAGUGAUAAAGCUAAAGAAAAAGUCGAGAUAUACACAAAGCAGGGCUUUGGAAAUCUGCCUAUAUGUAUGGCCAAGACACAUCUUUCUUUAUCGCAUGAUCCAAAGCUAAAAGGUGUGCCUACCGGGUUUACGGUGAUUGUUCGUGAUAUACGUGCUUCUGUCGGUGCUGGGUUUUUGUAUCCAUUGUUAGGUGAAAUGCAAACAAUGCCUGGAUUGCCUACACGCCCUUGUUUCUUUGAUGUCGAUCUGGACUUUGAGUCUGGAAGGGUCGUUGGUUUAUUUUAA